AUGGCUCGCUCCCACUCAUCCUCGCCAUUCGCUUUCCUCUCGCUCUUUCACGACGAAGCCAGACUGCAGUCCGACAGUAGCACUAUGAGACUCGAAGGAUUUCCGAGGACUGAAUUCAACAAAUGGGGUGUUAUUACCACCAUUGUGGUGUUGGUGCUGGGAUAUGCGGUUGUGAAUCUGAAUGGACUGUCGAAGAUGGGCAAAUGGUAA